AUGGUGAACCCGCAAAUUACCAACCUCGUCAUCAUCUUGGUGAUGAUGCAAGCCUCCAAGAAGAUCCCCUUCGACGAUCCGAAUGUGCUCAAUGGUGUUCGCGCGCUUUACGUCGUGUCGAAUAUCAUUAUUGCGGGCAUUUACAUCUAUGUCCAGCAGACGAUCAAUAAGAAGAGAGACAUGACAGUCCUAAAAUACGUCGAACCCGCCCCCAUGGGCAGCACGGAAGAACCCAAAGCCGUAACCACCACCGUCCACGCCUACGACACAACCCAACUCAAAGGCCUCUUCAAAUCCCAGCUGAUGGGCGUCGGCAUGAUGGCCGUGAUGCAUCUCUACUUCAAAUACACCAACCCGCUCCUGAUCCAGUCCAUCAUCCCACUGAAAGGAGCGUUCGAGGGGAAUUUGGUCAAGGUGCACCUGUUUGGACAGGCCGCGACGGGGGAUUUGAAGAGACCGUGGAAGGCGAAUGCGGGUAUGGCGGGGAUGCUGGGGGGACAGCAGGGGGAGGUUAAGACGGAUAAGAAGAGUAUUGAAGCGGCGGAGAAGGCUGGACGGGGUGGGGUUAAGGAGGAGUAG